AUGCAGACGGCCACGGGCCUCAUCGAGCUGGCGGCGGGCGGCGGGCGGGGCCCGUCGAUCAAGCUCACGUACUUCACCUUAGAGCUUCGGGAUGCUUACGGCAACCGUGUCGUGAGCCCGCAGUAUGGCGCCAGUCCAGAGAUCACCGCUCGCCUGGUCUGGCAGUCGGAGCCCGAGAGCCUGGCCCUUGCUGACAUCGACGACGCUACUCUGCUCGACGAGACGUUCGGAGUUUAUGCAUUCGCCUCUCACAUUGAGCUGAACGCUGAUGGAACUUACAACGUUUCCUACACUGCUUUCCGUGCAGGUCUGAAUCACCUGGAGGUCUACGUCGACGGACUUUUGGUGGAGGGCCAUUUGGCCGGUGCGGACAACCCAAACACCGAUGGAUUCAACGGCCCGGUCAGCGUCACGGGUCAUUUUAACUCUCACCCAGACGCCUACAUGACGUUUGUUUUCCCUGGAGACCCACCUGCUGAAUGCACGACUGGUGUGUUUUGCAACGUGUCCAUCCGGGUGCGAGACGCCUAUGGCAACUACAUAUCUGACGACAGUGCAGAGUACUUGGAGAUCGAAACGACCUACACCACGUGCGACACGACGAAUAGAGCCGAUCCGGCGUGUGCCAUCGUAGACUCUGGCAGGUGCCGCCAACAGAACAGUUCGUUUCAUCUCUGCAGCAUGGUGCCAACCGUCAGCGGCAGCUUCCUGCUGCGCCUGCUCGUGGACGGUGCCGACGUGUCGGCCCUCGAGUACACCGACGUCGUUGAGCAGGAAGAGGUUACACGGAGAGUGCACGGUCUCGCGCGUGGCCCCUUCAGCUCUGAGAUUGCUGUUGGCUCCAUCGAGGCCUCCUCCUGCCUCAUGGAGGGCCCGGGGCUCCUCGUUGGCGGCAACGUUGCCGGCUUCGUCCAGGAGGUGCUGGUGCAGUUGAGGGACACUUGGGGCAACAAUCGCACCACCAGCCUCCCAGAGAUGGCGGAGGACGAGACCACGGUCUUAGCACACCUCGGGGGGACGCAGCUCGAGGCCGUGAACAACAACAACGGCACCCUGACCGUCUUGGUCAAUACGCUACUCUCUGGACUAUUCCAGCUGCGCGUGCGUCUCGGCGAGGGAUGCGUUGAGGACCCUGUCGUCGACGGGCUGUGCGUUGACGUGGCCGGCUCGCCCACCGAGCUGCUCUUUUGGAGGCCAGGGGAGGUCUCGGCGCCUUCGGACCUCGGAAUCUAUUGCCUUACCCCCGACGCAAUGACCGCGGGCACCAUCUCCGAGUUCACGUGCACAGGGCGGGAUGAGUUCGGGAAUUUGAACCUCACCGCCGGGCUCAACUUGUCGGCGGACUUCAAGCUGCUCGCCGACCCCACGGGCACAGACGAGCCGGUGUCUGGCUGGUGGGUCGGCGAUGACAUUGAGCUCGGAGACUCGCUGGCCUUCCACGGCGUCUACGAUCCAGCAGACCAGCUGUACCACUUCCAUCCGGUCGUAUCUCGAGCAGGCACGUAUUUGAUCAAGCUGACGCUGGCCGUGCAAGGGGGCGUGUUCGCCAAGUAUCACACAAACCUCGGCUUCAACUCCCUCCUGGCCCUGAAGGCUGAACCUCAGCACGUAGACGAGGACGACUUCGUGUACACGAGGAUCGACCCGGCAUUGAACAAUUUGUCCUUAAAUAUGACGGCUCUGUAUGAAGAAUUGGGCAUCGAGGAGUAUUGGAGCGCCGAGUGGUUUGGCUACCUCCUUCCAGAGCUCACGGGGAAUCACACGGUGGUGGUCCGCGCGGGUGGGCGCGUCCGGCUGGAGCUCGACGACGCUACCGUGUACGACGGCAUGGAGGGCCUUUCCGACGUACCGUCGCCGAGCGAUUUCCGAGUGGACUACUAUUUCACCGCCGACCUCCCCGUGCCCGUGCGUGUGUACUACGAACACGGCCAGGGGGCCGCCUUCUUCGAGAUGUCGCUGCUGCGGACAGAUGGUCCGCACAGUCACUUGGAGGCCCCCAUCCCGGCGGAGCGUUUCUUCCACUUCCGCACGCUGCGGAACGUGGAGUACCACAUGAUGGGGGCCGGGGAGCCGGUUCAGACCGUCGUCGGGGCUGCCGCGCUGACCGGCCGGCUCAGCAGCAUCGAGGGCGGCCUCACCCAUUUGACGGCCUCCGUCCAGAACGUCUUCGAGCUGGCCACCCGCGACGUCUUCGGCAACGCGCGCACUCGGGUCCCGGACGAGCGAGUCACCGGGCGCCUGCUCGGGCCCCCGCUGGUCGAGUUUGAGUUCAUCCCCCUGGCGGGCAACGCCAUCAUCACAGGGCGCCUCACUCCCCUGGCCACAGGUACAACGUGGCUCGAGAUCAUGGUCGCCGACGAGCCGAUCGAGGGCUCUCCGUUCCCGAUCACCGUGGUCCCCGGCCCCACCUGGGGGGACGAUACGCUGAUUGAGGGGAUGCCCACCGAGAUCUGGGCGGGCGUGAUAUCGUGCUUCAACUUGACCCUCCGCGACACCAACGAGAACGAACGCCUGAGCUUCUACAGCGAUGACGGGAUCGAGGAGACCGUCGUUUGCGACGAUCCCGAUGUGUACAUUAACAUGAUCAAUACGACAGAGACUCAAGGAACCUAUGAGGUUUGUUUCAACAAAACUGUCCUGCCAAACGUGGUUGGCUCGGUGUAUGGGCUGCUCUCCAUGUCGUGCGAGGUGAACGACAGAGCAACAAGCAACUUCCCGUACGAAAUCAAGGUGAAUCCUUACCCCGUUGAGCCCACAUGGCCCUCCUCUGAGAGCCCGCCGGACUAUGCGCAGUAUGGCCCGUACCAUUUCCCAGUGCGCGUGGACGACACAGCCGGGCGCAAGGAUUGGCCGUCGACAUUUUUCAAGAAGGCUGCGACGGAUGAUGAUCAGAACCCGGCUCAGUAUUGGAACGAGGUGCAGCUCAUCUACUCGGACAGCUUCGGCAACGCGAUCGUGGGCGACGACUCGGUGGAGCUGCUGUGCGAGGUGCGGGGCCCGCACGACCUCGGGCUUCAGAGGGGCCUCCUGUACACCCUGCCGUACAACCUGGACACCACCACAGGUUAUUUCACGGUCUCGCUGGACUUCUGGGAGGCUGGCUCGCACCAGGUGUUUUGCUCCGCGGCGAAGCGCGGUGGGCUCAACGUGCAGGUGUUCGCCAACUCGGUGCUGGAGGGCCGGCCGGCAAGCGAGACGGUGGCCUCGAACGUCAGCUUUGCCAGCGUGGAGGAGUCUGGGGUCCUCGCUGGGGCGACGAGUGGAUACGCCUCCGCGCGCUGGGACGGCCAGCUCAUGGCCCCCGAGACCGCCAACUACACGUUUGCCUUGGUCGUCGCUUGCCAGAGUGCAGCGCUGAUUCUCAACGGCACGCACUACAUGUCGAUCCGUGAGUCUGGCUCUUUUGAGAUGGGCCCCAUUGAGCUCUCGCAGGGGGCGUUGUACACCCUGCAAGUGUCGUGGGGCGCCAGUGAGCUCGCGGGCUCGAUGCAGCUGCUCUGGGAACACGACCGCGGUCUCCCCCGCGAGCUGAUCCCGAGCGAGCGGCUGUACCAUUCCAAGCAGCUGCUCUACGGGUAUCCGGUCUCUGUGGAGGUGAUUGAUGUUCCGGGGCCAGUCGAGAGUUUCUACAGGGCAGAGCCUUUCGUGGAGGGGGAGGUGACGCUCGUAUGGUCGCCACCCAUUAGCGAUGGCGGCCGAGCGAUAGAGAGCUACCGGUUGGUCCACGACGGCGGCUUGGGGGGCGAGGCGGUCGAGUUCGUCACCACCCAGGUCGAAAAUCCGGACAUCCCAGGCUCGUACAUUACCACCGAGGUCAUCCCCGCCUCACAGCUCAGCAGCACCGUGACCCUUCCCACGGGGUCCUUCUACCGCUUCUGGCUGAUCGCCAGCAAUGACGACAGCGCGUAUGGGGACGAGCCCUCCUUCUCCUUCGCCUCCUACUACGGACUGGACGGCGGAGGCGCCUCCGACCUGCCCGUCAACCUCACGGUGACGCCGUCCUCGGACCUGGGCGCCCCUCCGGGCCCCCUCCUCGUGGGCGCCGAGGAGUUCGAGGACGGCUCCGGGCGGGUGACCGUGCAGCUGGCGCCCCCGUCGGAGGGGAACUCGGACAUGCUCAUCGGCUACCGGGUCUACCUGGACUACUUCCUGCAGGGCAUCUUCAACCCCGCCGCGCUCGUCGCCGCGGGGCGCUCCGCCAACCACACCCCCGUCGACGUCGACCUCCCGGGCCUCGUGCAGGGCCUGGACUACCGCGUCUACGCGGCCUUCGAUUAUUUCUCGGGCGAGUCCAGCCUGAGCGAUCCUCUCGAGGUGACCUGCUGCCAGUUCGGGCCGCCGGACGCGCCAGUGGACCUUCGGCGAUAUGUCGACGAGGAUGCGGAGGUUCCACCGCAGGCCGCCAUGCGGAUAACGGUGGAGUGGGAUGCCCCGCUCAGCGGCAGCUUCCGUCCCAUCACCCACUAUCUCGUGAGCUUCACGCCCGUGAUCGUCCUGCAGACCACCGAGGUCCUGCGCGCCACCGAGGUCCUGAAGAUCACCAACGGCUCCGAGGACAGGGUGAUGGCAUUCGAGGGCCUCGCGCCCGGGGCCUUCCACUCCGUGCGCGUCGCCGCGGUGAGCGAGGCCGGGCAGGGGCCCUGGAGCGAGGAGCUUUUCCUCGCCGCGACGGGCUACAGCGACGAACCCCGGGACGUGGCGCCCACGGCGCAGUCCGGGGGCGAGAUCGUGCUCGGCUGGGCGGAGCCGCUGCAGGUGGGCAGCGGCCUGGUGGCCUACAACGUCUAUGUGUAUGUGGACGGACGUCCUUCUCGGACAGGUCGGGGCAGGCGAGGAGACCUUCGCGUUCUCGGGCUACUACCGGGCGAACACCACGAACUGGGAGCCCCUGGUUCCCGGCGUGUUCUACCCCCUCGCCGUGGAGGCCGUUAA